UUACCGCACCACAUAAAGGCAUUGCGUUGUAGACACCGUUAUACCCGCAACAUUCUUACUAUUUGCUUGCAUAUCUCCUGAUUUCUAACCCUUCAAUUCGGCAAAAGGAAAGAAUACACUCGGUUUCGGUAUCGUUCGUCGUUGUUCGUCGUCGUCGUCGUCGUACAACACAUUCGCCGCCAUCGCCGCCCUGUAACAUUCGGUUGUCCCACUGCUUCGUUCCCGUCCACGUGUCGAUCGAGUGACGUCGCGUCCUCGUCGCCGUCGGCACACCGCCACCGAGGAAAGAUACCAAGAGACAGAUACACGAGUCCCAACGGGAGUCUCGCGGAACGGCGGAUGUCGGAUGCGGCGAGAGAUAAGCCCGCCUGGCUCGGCAAUCGUCCGAAGAUACUGAGCUGAGGAGCGACUGCCGCGUUCUUCCCUGUCUUAUGAUUUUGUUCGUCGCCCGAUCCCGUUCUCCGUUCACCCCGUCACCCCGCGAGGAGCCGCUCCUCGUUCGUUCCGAUCGCUCGUCCUCCUCGACCCACCGAUCCCUCCGACAGUCGCGUCGCGUUGAUUUCCACGAGGACUCGUGAACGGAUCAACGCGGAAGACGGUGCGCGAUUUUCUCACGCGACGGAGAAAGAGGGAGGAAACGAAAGUUAAGCGCGCGUUAACGAGAAAGAGAGAGAGAGAGAGAGAGGGAGCGAGGGAGCGAGGAUCGUCAGCUGGAAGAUCCUUUAUUCGGCAGAAGAGGCAUCGGCAAACAGAGAGAUCGAGCGAACAAGCGAGAAAGAGAGAAAGAGGGACAGAUAUAGGAGAGGGUCCUCUGUCGAGGGUGGGAGUGCAAGAGAGAGAGAGAGAGAGAGAGAGAGGGACUACUGGGUGUGUUCGCGAGAUUUGUUUAUCUCCCGUCGCGCGCGAGAUACGCGCGAGGAGCGCGCAUAAAUAUUCGAGAGUGCAUCUCGCGUAUGAUCCAUCCGGGAUCCUGCGAAUCCUCGUUCGGCGUGAGGAGCGUGGAGCGAUGAGGAGGGGUUAGUGUACGUGCCGUGUGGGACUCGAUACCGGGACUCUCGUACGACGAUCGGAAGCCGGCUUCCUCCUCGUUGCUCGCGUCAGUUCGGACCCUCGUGAUUGCGCCGUGAGAGAUUCGUCAUCGUCGUCGUCGUCGUUCUAAGGAGGACACGGAUAAAGAAACACGGAAAAAGAAAAGCGAACGAAAGAAAGAAAGAUUCACGCACACGCGCCGCCGUUUAAAGUCCGAAGAAUCUCGUGCGAUAAAGAGUUAAGAGAAACACGUAACGGGGGAGACGAAUAUCUAGGGAAUAUAGAGAAAUAAAAGUUAAUUAAAACAAAAAAAAAUAACCCACCGUCGUUCCGUUCUGCGCCCAGAUAUCGGCAUCCUCCAACCACUGAUUUUCAUCGUUAACCGAUUUCGUACAUAGUUAGAUACGACUCGUUAGAGGAUUGCAAUGAUGGCGAACGGAAUGGACACAGUCGUUCAACAAAACGGAGGAUCGACCCUCGGACAGACCUCGCAGGAGGAGUCAAAGACGAAUCUCAUCGUGAACUACUUGCCGCAGAGCAUGACACAGGAUGAGAUUCGCUCUCUGUUCUCCAGCAUAGGCGAAGUCGAAAGCUGCAAGUUAAUCCGUGAUAAGCUCAGCGGUCAGAGUUUGGGUUACGGUUUCGUCAACUAUCACCGGCCUGAAGAUGCUGAAAAGGCUAUAAGCACGCUCAAUGGUCUUCGUCUACAGAACAAAACGAUCAAGGUAUCGUACGCGAGACCGAGCAGCGAGGCGAUCAAAGGCGCGAAUCUUUACGUAAGCGGCUUGCCGAAAAAUAUGGCGCAGCAAGAUCUGGAGAAUCUCUUUAGUCCAUACGGCAGAAUCAUCACGUCGCGGAUACUGUGCGACAACAUCACCGUACGACAGUUUGUGACCGGCGGCGGAGACAAUUUGCCCGGCCUGUCGAAGGGUGUCGGCUUCAUAAGGUUCGACCAACGCGUCGAGGCUGAGCGGGCGAUCCAGGAGCUGAACGGCACCAUACCGAAGGGCUCGUCCGAGCCGAUCACCGUCAAAUUCGCCAACAAUCCCAGCAACAACAACAAGGCGAUACCGCCAUUGGCCGCCUAUCUCGCACCACAAGCAACUCGUCGUUUCGGCGGGCCGAUCCACCAUCCAACCGGCCGCUUCAGGUACAUUCCACUGUCGCCACUAUCCAGCACUGGCAAGGCCAUGCUUGCCAUUAACAAAGGCUUACAGAGGUACAGUCCGUUGGCGGGUGACCUCCUCGCGAAUUCCAUGCUACCCGGUAACACGAUGAACGGCGCCGGCUGGUGCAUCUUCGUGUAUAACCUCGCGCCCGAGACCGAGGAGAACGUGCUGUGGCAGCUGUUCGGGCCCUUCGGCGCCGUCCAGUCGGUCAAGGUCAUACGCGACCUACAGACGAACAAGUGCAAGGGCUUCGGCUUCGUGACGAUGACCAACUACGAGGAGGCGGUGGUGGCCAUACAGAGCCUGAACGGCUACACCUUGGGCAACCGUGUGCUCCAGGUCAGCUUCAAGACGAACAAGAGCAAGACGGCGUAGGACGAGCAACAGGCGGCAGCGGCGGCGGUAGCUGCGGCCGCGGCCGUGGCGGCGGACGCGGCGGCGGUAGCGGCGCCUUAUCAUCAUCGUCGUCAUCGGCUGCUACGUACCGCGGUGGUGCAGCUACCGGUGCCGAUGCCGGGUCACUUCUACAACAAGAGGGGACCCGGCCAGAUGCCGGGCGCGAGCCCCGGUUCCAACAUCAGCGGCAGUCAUCACGGAGGCGGUAAUGGCAUUUUCCACGGUGCCAAGGGCCAGCGGCAGCCGUUCCUCCAGCGCCUACCGUCGCGCAUACACGAUCUCACUCGGGCGAUCGAGAUGGCCGUCUCGGGAGCGGCGAACCCGGUGCAGCAGCAGCAGCAGCGUCAGCACGCGCAAGCCAAGCAGCAGACCUCCCUCAAGAACAAGCCCAACAACAACCGUCAGGCCGGCGGCAAGAAGCUCCAGCAGAGCGAGAAAGCGUAGUUGCGAGGAGUGAGUGUGUUUAUGUAUGUUGUGUGUGUGUGUGUGUGUGUGUGUGUGCAUGAGAGAAAGAAAAAUGAGAGGACAAAAUGAAACGUAUGAAUGUGAGUGCGUGCGUGUGAAUGAGAGAGAAAGAGAGAAAGGAAAAAUUGAAAACUGAAUAAACGCGGAGGGUAAUAACGAGAAAAGCCGCGUGCGAGAAAGAGAGAGAGAGAGAUAAACCCGGGUUAAUGAGAAGAUGGUAGGCGUCGAAUCGUUCGACUGUGUCCGAUAACGUUAAUCGCAGUACUGAAGCUGAGCCGACUAUACGCGUGCUGAAAGCUCAAAUUUCCCUCGACGGGGGGGGGGGACAAACAUGCGCGGAAAGGUACGACAUUAUUAAAUGCGCGCGCGAGUCCGUCGCGUCGUCCUCUCUUUCUCCUUCCGUACCUCCGCCGGCGCUCGCCGCCUCGCGCGUUUCCGUCCUCGCGUUCGACCGCGGUCGAGGACGCGACGUGGUGACACGGCGGGAGGACGAGACACCGUCGGCAUUCUCCCGUUGACGCGCGUUGACAGAGAGUGGAACGGACGAUGAUCGAGUCCGUGACGACGGAGGAGGAUCGCGAACGAAUGUCGCCGGGAAAGUCUCGUUUCCCGCCGCUCUUCCGGACGUCGUCAUCGACGCGCGAGGACGAUUCGAAGACACGAGGACUCGGCGGAAGAUCGGCGACGAGGGCACGAUGGGAGACAGGCAGGGAGACAGCAGGGGCUCGCGCUUCUUUAGGACUUACGCGGCUCGCGCACAGUGACCGAUCGCGGGUCCUGUACAUACAUAUUACCGAUUUAUAUGUAUAUGUACGUGGGGACGCUCGUGGGCCACGUGAUGCCCGUUCGUGCGAACGUUUCCCGCAGGAUCGGAACGGCAGGAUUGGGAGAGCUCGAAGGGCUUAGGUGACGGGGCGACGGCGAACAUGCCGACAGCAGGGAGCGAGCACAUAUAUAGAGGGGAAGGAGGGGGGGGGGACGGAUUUUCCUCCGUAGGUUGACGACGAUGUGUUGUGGCGUCGAGAGCCUCCGCCGGCACUUUCGGCCGAUCUUCUUUUUUUUUUCUACUUAACGUACAUCCAUGAGACCGGGUUAGUCACGACGAUAUCGGGCUGUGAGACUGAAUCACACGUAUAUAUAUAUACACACACACACACAUACACACAUAUAAUACGACACAUGCGUACGAACACGUGCAUACCGGUACACGUACUUACAUACAUGAACACACAUAUACGUAUAUACAUACACGUGCAUACACACACUCAUAAAUGCACGUACAACUAGAAGAACGAUCAACAAAAUGCGCGGCGUUGAGAACGGCGGGCUGUCGUGGAUGAAUAAUAAUGUGUUGCAUCGGGCCUCUCGAGACGACGCGCUGUACGCGAGAACUCGUCGCGGGAACACGUGGAUCACGUGACAGAGAGCACCCUCGCGCUUCCUGGUCCGCGAGCGAGAUGAGUGAGAAAGGGUGAAAGAGCGGGUGGGAGAGAGUGAAAGAGAGAGAGAGAAAGAGAGGGGGGGGGGUGAGAGGAAGACGGAGAGGGGAAGUAUUAAAAAGAAAUGCAAACUCAGAAAAACACACACACACAGUGCUUAGUAGUAGGUGGUUAUACAUACUCGUUUUAUGCAUAAGUUUUAGAGAGUAUUAGCGUCGUGUGUAUGAGAACGAGAGAAAGGGAGAGACAGAGGCGGAAGAGGAACGGGAGAAUGCGAUGAGGGUAUUCAAGUGUGAAGAAAGCGAGAAAGAGAGGGAGAGAGAGAGAGAGAGAGUGUGUGUGUGAGGAAGAGACGAAGAAACGUAUUUCGCCGAUACACUAGGAACGGAAUUGGGAGGGGGGGGGGACGUUUUGACACAUACCAAAGGUAUUAUUAAUUAAUUAAACGCAGAAUUCAUCGCGAUGAACGUCGCGACCGAGCUAUAAAGUUACGAAUGGGCCGGAUGUUGCGCGAUAAUGACACGCGGAGUCGAAACGUCGCGAGGGAGAAAGAGAAGAAUGGGAGCCAAAGAGAAGGAGAGUAUCCGGGAGCAGGGCUCGCACAUACGAUUUUUCGAAGGCGCGACCACGAGGAGAAAGGGAGAACGGACUUUCACGGUGCGCGAACACGCGGGGUGUACUUGACGUAACCUACUAGUUGGAAUUAAGAUGCUGCCGUUCGAGCACGGGCAUCCGGAGGCACACGUGUAUUUGUUCUCGGAGGAGAGGCUCCGCGGGCGGCGCAGGACAGUAGAGAAUCUCGAGCGGAUCGAUACACACACGGAGAGAGAAAGCGACACGAGAACCCGGAGACCCCUCGAGGGAGUCGUGUCGCGAUACGGCAUGAGAUAAAAUCAACAAAAAAAAGAAGAGAAGAGCAAAAAAGAGAAGAAAUUUAUUAAAGCGUUAUUGUAUUAUGUUAUUAUAGUUCGCGCGCUAGACGACGCCGCUAUUGGCAGCUUUCAGCCUCGGAUACACGCUCGAUCGUCGUCGCUGAUCCAGAGAUGCUCGUCGCCAUCGCCGGUAUCAUCUAGUGUGUGCGCGUACGCGACGAUGCGCGUUGACGUGGCUGUUCCUUGCCCUCUUUUUUUUCUUCUUCUUUUUCUUCUUCUCCUUUUUUUCCCCCUUCACUUUUCUCGACGUAAGUACUUAGGUGUGUGGUCGAAGGGAGAAAAGAGAACGCGCUUUUUCUGGCAAAGACGGACCAGCCCGACUCUCGACAGUUUUCCCCCUCUCCCCGCGAAGGCGCGCAUCCGGGAGAAUAUUUUACGGUUACGAUUACGCGGCUUUUUCACGGCCUUUUCUUCUACGAUGGAUUUCGUGACGAGCAAGAGAGAGAGAGAGAGAGAGAGAGACACUGAAGGGAUCAAAAGUGCGGAUUCUCGUCCGAUAGAAAUCCGGUGGAGCGCCUCCUCGUUCUUCUCGAGCGCGCGAGGGCGAAUUUCGGACGAAUCAACGGCGCGCGAUUAAUCGCGAGAGACUUCAUCAUGUUUGGUUUUCACGCUCUUCAUCGUUGAUCGAUAUAUAUUGCACGUUUUUCCGCGAGACGCUUUCGAGGAGAGUAUAUGUUGUCCAAAAAUGUCGAUAUACGGGGGUAGGGGAGAGGAGACGCGGAACGAUCUUCGUGUUGUCCUGUGCGAAAACGGAAGAGGGGGAGGGGGGGGACACACGCUCUCUUUCCUGCGUCGUAGAGCGGACGUAGUGAUCGAUGAUCACGGAAGACGCGCACACAUUUCGCUAACUUUGUUCGCUUUCCUCUUCAGAGCCGGGGGGAGCCCCGGAAGGGUGGCGAGAUUCUCGCGUUCCUGCCGCAUGUACUUCGGUGGACGGUGUGCACGGUGUAAUGUGAUACAGAUUUAAUAGAACUAAUUCAACGUUCGAUCUCAAGUCAGGUUUAAGGAAUCACGCAAUCUAGUCUUACGUGCAACCCCCACGCAACAUGCCACAUGGCGCCGACCAUUGUCGGCGCGACUACGCGCUAUCCUCGUGUAAACUUCACCGCCCCUUGAGAGAGAGAGAACAAAAGGAAAUUGAGAGAAAAAGAUACCGCCGGGAUAACGAGCCGAUACGAGGGGAGGGGGGAGUAGACACAUGUAUCACGAGGAAUGCGGCUAAGAGGAACUACGCAAAAUCCUUGGCGAUCCGCGUCUUUCUCUCUCUCACACCGACUCGCGAGCGAUCUCUCUGUCGCACCUUUCCAAAGAACAACGAAGCAACUAUGGCGAAUCGAUCGGCGUCACUUCUCCCGAAGUGAGCCUCAACCGUGGCCGAGGGCACGUCGUUGGUAGUCUCGGGAGAUCGACGGACGGUGGAGGCGAGUGUGAGAGAGAAAGAGAAGGAACGGAUCGGCGCGGAGUACUUAAUUAGCGAGUGAGGCGACACUCGAUUAAGGGUAGCUUUAGUCAAGGAAACCAAAAAAGGAUUACGUAUGUGUCAUACAUAUAUAUUUAUAUAUAUAUAGUGUACCUAUUUGUAUCUAGUCCGGGGAAUUCGGGGAGAGUGGCGAGGACGAAGCUCUUUAUGUCUCUCGCUCGAGUUUCCGUCCCGCGCGACUCUCAGCGUGUAUCUCCCAGUGCCGCGUUUUUCUUUUCCCUUUUUUUUUUCUUUUAUUGCUCCGUAUAUAUCGAGCAAUAGUUUUCGGAGCCGCUGGAGGCUCCCCCGCCGAUCGCCCGCCCCGAGGGAGACGCGUGGGGUCAACGUGGCGAGACUCUGAUAAAACACUAAUAGCAGCGUAAGUUGACGCGCCGGCGAGCGUGUUCGUUAAGAGACGUCGUCGCGCGAGUACGAUAAAAAUGAGUGAUAAAAGAAUUGCAAGCUGAUCGCGCUCGCUGAUCGGAGGAUUUUGCGCGGCAACGACGAUCGGCCUUCUCUCCCGUGUGCCAGUUAAGAAGCGCUCAAACGCAGUUACGUUUUCCCGCGCUUUCAGCGCGUAUAUCGCCCCCGAGUACCCAGUGUCUUGUACACUCGAGUCAAAUUGCUGAAGAGAAUUGGCUACCGCAGGUAAAAACUAGCUGUCCGUGUGCGACGGUAAACAACUCGGUUCAGUUAUCAGAACUGGUUUUUAACUGUGGGAGCUCAAAUUCUUGUGACUAUAGUCGUACACAGCUACGACUGUAGUCGUACGCGAGAAAUAAAAAGAAUUGGUUCCCAAAGGCUAGCUAGAUCUGGUAUACGAUAUUUCGAAGUUGUAUUAUUAUGGGCAGCUUUUAGCAAUGGGAGCCAUUUCUUUUUUCCCGUGUAAUUUGUUAUGUGGUACUUGCACUGCGAAAAUGGCUGCAAUGGCGCCGUCCGACGGGUGAUCAAACGAUGGACACACACACACAAACACACAUAUCUCAUGCUGUGUAUGUGUGUGUGUGUGUGUGUGUGUGAAGAAAAGAGGAAGGAAGGAGGGGAGAUGACUUUUUCGCGGUAUUUGCGUUGCAAGUGUCACGUGGGGAGAUGGACAGAUCGGAUCUCGACAGCAUCCUCCAAACAUCAGCGAGCCGUUAUAUCCGUUUUUCCUCCCCACACAUACACACACAUACAUACACAUACACACAUACAUACAGCGUUUGUCUCGCGUUUAUUAUGUGCAGUUACAUUUGCCAUUAUGACAAUGAUUCUUCUCCUUCUCGCUAUUAUUAUCGUACGAUUAUACUUAUUAUUGUGGUUACUAUUAUUAUUGCCAUCGUCAUCGUCAUUAUUAUUAUUAUUAUUAUUAUUAUUAUAAUUAUUAUUAUUACUUAUGAUCGUGUAUAUUUUCUGUGUUUCUCGUCUUGAUAGCUACGUGUAACCCUCUAACGCCUCAUUAUUGCCUACUCUCUCGUGAAGCCAGAGGAGGAUUAAAAGGGAAGAAAAAAAGAAGAAAGAUACUUUACCGCUCUCACUUCAUUUGCUCACUUUAACACAUCAUCGCUCUACUUGUCGCCACUUUCUACCACCCGCUUUAUAACUACUGUUACUACUUAUACCGCUAUCGCUGUUACCACCAUUACUACUACUACUACUAUAA